AUGGCGACAUCUGAUGUAAAUGACGCUCCUGCUUCUAAGAAAAUUAAAUUAGAUGAUAAAAAUGGUGAUAAAAUAAAUGAUGAACAUGAUGAUAACUUAGUGAAAACAUUAUCAGACUUUAAAUUAGAAAAAAUUUUAUCAAAUAAUAGUAAUCGUAAAACCAUAUGUAUUCAAGGUUCAUUCCCUGGUAAAGAUGGUAUAGCGUUACUAAUAUUUGAGAAAAAAUCAUUUACUGAUACAGAAUUUAAUAACGAUGAUGGUUAUUUAACUGAAAACAGUGUUUUAAAAUAUGUGUUUAAAAACGAUGUGUAUUACAGUUACGAAUGUUUUCCAGAUCUUGUGUUAAGUGGUUUGAAAACAACUAUAAUUUAUCCAGCGACUGAAAAACAUAUUCAAAAAUUUUCUCAACAAAAUAUCCAUUUAGUUAACGAAACUGUUGAUUUGUAUAAUAAAAUUACGUUACCUCAUAUUCAAAAAGAACAAUUUUCGUUAGACUGGGUGUAUAAUAUUUUAGAUCAUAAAUCUGAAUCGGAACGAAUUGUUUUUGAAGAUUCUGAUCCGAAUAUAGGAUUUAUUUUACUUCCCGAUUUAAAAUGGGAUGGGAAAACAUUAGAAACAUUGUAUUUGGUUGGAAUUGUACAUUGCAAGGGGUUGAAAUCAUUACGUGAUUUAAAUGAUUCUCAUCUACCGCUGUUACGAAAUAUUUAUACCAAAGGAGUGAAAGCAAUUGAAGACACAUAUAAUCUUCCAGCAUCGCAGCUAAGAAUUUAUUUACAUUAUCAACCAUCAUUUUAUCAUUUACAUGUCCAUUUUACAUAUUUAAAAUAUGACGCCCCCGGAAUAUUUACAGAAAAAUCGCAUUUGUUAACCAACGUUAUAAGUAACAUUGAAUUAAUUGGUGAUUAUUAUCAACGUGUUACUCUACCAUUUGUUGUACGUGAAAACGAUAAUUUAUUUAAAAAAUUUGAAACUGAAAAAAUAUUAAAACCAUGUCCGAAUUAAUAAAUUCACUUUUAAUUGAAUUGCGUCCACGAUUACAAUCGUGUAAUGUAUUUUUGAAACCGUUAAACGGCCUAAAUAUCGAUUCAACAACAUUCAAAAUAAA